AACAACCCAAACAAAACUCCGCGAAGUGGUGCUGCUACGGGGAAGGAGACCCGGGGGCUGAGAAAAACCGGUGGGCAGGCCAAUGGUUGUUCGGCAGCGCGUUGGCAAGUUUGUGGAACACUUUCUAGGAAUUAGGUCUUUUUUUGUCCCCCGUCAUCUUCUUGACUUCUGAAGAAAGAACUUGUGUUUGGAUUGCAAUGGAGUCUAAGGAGACAGGGCUAGACGCACGUGAAUAGUCCCCCCGGCUGGGCUGAAUUUGUGGGAAUUUCGGAAGCCAGCCUGUGGAAGCACAGCAGCUUUGGAGUCCCUGGGGUUCAUUCGGAUGGCUACCAACCUGUCCCGUGUCAGAACUCUUCGCCAACAGCUUCUGAUGUUGCCAUUUUGCUCCUGUUGACCUUAAUUAAUCUCUAGGAAAGUCUAAACUUCGGACCUACCUCUUUUUUUGAUACUUAUUUUUGUACUUCUGCUCUCUGGGAUUGGUUUCUUAAACAAUCGGGAUCCUUUUUGAUAUGUCAAAAUGAGUCCGCUGAUGUUUACACUACUAUUGCUCUUUGGAUUUCUCUGCAUUCAGAUUGAUGGAUCUCGUCUUCGUCAAGAAGACUUUCCCCCCAGGAUUGUAGAACACCCUUCUGAUGUAAUUGUCUCCAAGGGAGAGCCCACGACUCUGAACUGUAAAGCAGAGGGCCGGCCAACUCCCACCAUUGAAUGGUACAAGGACGGCGAGAGGGUGGAGACAGACAAGGAUGACCCCAGGUCUCACAGGAUGCUUCUGCCAAGCGGAUCCUUAUUCUUUUUGCGAAUUGUGCAUGGACGCAGAAGUAAACCUGAUGAAGGGAGCUACGUUUGUGUUGCAAGGAACUAUCUCGGUGAAGCAGUGAGUCGGAACGCAUCUCUGGAAGUGGCAUUGUUGCGAGAUGACUUCCGGCAAAACCCCACUGAUGUGGUAGUGGCAGCUGGAGAGCCUGCAAUCUUGGAGUGCCAGCCUCCCCGAGGACACCCAGAACCUACCAUCUACUGGAAGAAAGAUAAAAUCCGAAUUGAUGACAAGGAAGAGAGAAUAAGUAUCCGAGGUGGAAAACUGAUGAUCUCAAAUACCAGGAAAAGUGAUGCAGGGAUGUAUACCUGUGUGGGCACCAAUAUGGUGGGAGAAAGGGACAGCGACCCUGCAGAGCUGACUGUCUUCGAACGACCCACAUUUCUCAGGAGGCCAAUUAACCAGGUGGUGCUAGAAGAAGAGGCAGUGGAAUUCCGUUGUCAGGUCCAGGGAGAUCCACAGCCAACUGUGAGGUGGAAGAAGGAUGAUACAGAUUUGCCAAGGGGAAGGUAUGAUAUUAAAGAUGAUUAUACCCUGAGAAUUAAGAAGGCCAUGAGUACAGAUGAAGGUACCUAUAUGUGUAUCGCUGAGAAUCGGGUGGGAAAAGUGGAAGCCUCUGCUACCCUCACUGUCCGAGUUCGCCCUGUUGCUCCUCCACAGUUUGUGGUUAGGCCCAGAGAUCAGAUUGUUGCUCAGGGCCGGACAGUGACAUUCCCCUGUGAAACAAAAGGAAACCCACAGCCAGCUGUUUUUUGGCAGAAAGAAGGCAGCCAGAACCUGCUUUUCCCAAACCAACCUCAGCAACCCACUAGCCGGUGUUCAGUGUCCCCGUCUGGGGACCUCACCAUCACCAACAUCCAGCGUUCAGAUGCGGGAUACUACAUCUGUCAGGCCUUAACUGUGGCAGGAAGCAUCUUAGCUAAAGCGCAGUUGGAGGUUACUGAUGUUUUGACAGAUAGACCUCCACCCAUAAUCCUGCAAGGACCAAUAAACCAAACACUUGCAGUAGAUGGUACAGCUUUACUGAAAUGUAAAGCCACUGGAGACCCUCUUCCUGUCGUUAGCUGGCUAAAGGAGGGCUUUACUUUUCUGGGUAGAGAUCCAAGAGCAACGAUCCAGGAACAAGGAACACUGCAGAUUAAGAAUUUACGGAUUUCUGAUACUGGCACUUAUACUUGUGUGGCUACAAGUUCAAGUGGAGAGACUUCCUGGAGUGCAGUGCUGGAUGUAACAGAAUCUGGAGCAACAAUCAGUAAAAAUUAUGAUAUAAAUGACCUGCCGGGGCCACCAUCCAAACCACAGGUCACUGAUGUUACUAAGAACAGUGUUACCUUAUCCUGGCAACCAGGUACACCUGGAGUUCUUCCAGCAAGUGCAUAUAUCAUUGAGGCUUUCAGCCAGUCGGUGAGCAAUAGCUGGCAAACGGUGGCAAACCAUGUUAAGACAACUCUCUACACUGUGAGAGGACUGAGACCUAAUACAAUCUACUUAUUCAUGGUCAGAGCAAUCAACCCUCAAGGUCUCAGUGACCCAAGUCCUAUGUCGGAUCCAGUACGCACGCAAGAUAUCAGUCCCCCAGCACAAGGAGUGGACCACAGACAAGUACAGAAAGAAUUAGGAGAUGUUAUUGUUCGUCUCCAUACUCCAGUUGUCCUGACACCUACAACCAUUCAAGUCACGUGGACGGUGGAUCGGCAACCCCAGUUUAUUCAGGGCUACAGAGUGAUGUAUCGUCAGACUUCCGGCCUACAAGCUUCCACUGCAUGGCAGAAUCUAGAUGCCAAAGUCCCAACCGAGAGGAGUGCUGUCCUGGUGAAUCUGAAAAAGGGGGUGACCUACGAAAUUAAAGUCAGGCCAUAUUUUAAUGAGUUCCAAGGAAUGGACAGUGAAUCAAAAACAAUCCGUACUACUGAGGAAGCUCCCAGUGCCCCUCCCCAGUCUGUCACUGUGCUGACAGUGGGAAGCCACAAUAGCACAAGCAUCAGUGUAUCCUGGGAUCCUCCACCUCCAGACCACCAGAACGGAAUUAUUCAGGAGUACAAGAUCUGGUGUCUCGGGAAUGAAACUCGAUUCCAUAUCAACAAAACAGUGGAUGCUGCUAUUCGUUCUGUAGUAAUAGGUGGCUUAUUCCCUGGAAUUCAAUACCGGGUAGAAGUGGCAGCUAGCACAAGUGCAGGGGUCGGAGUCAAAAGUGAACCACAGCCAAUAAUAAUUGGGGGACGCAAUGAAGUUGUUAUUACGGAAAACAAUAACAGCAUAACUGAGCAAAUAACUGAUGUUGUGAAGCAACCGGCAUUUAUAGCUGGCAUUGGUGGUGCCUGCUGGGUAAUUUUGAUGGGUUUUAGCAUCUGGUUGUAUUGGAGAAGAAAGAAGAGAAAGGGGCUCAGCAAUUAUGCUGUAACAUUUCAAAGAGGAGAUGGAGGACUAAUGAGCAAUGGGAGCCGUCCAGGUCUUCUAAAUGCUGGUGACCCCAAUUAUCCAUGGCUUGCUGACUCAUGGCCAGCCACGAGUUUGCCAGUAAACAAUAGCAAUAGUGGCCCAAAUGAAAUCGGAAAUUUUGGGCGUGGAGAUGUGCUGCCGCCAGUCCCAGGCCAAGGGGAUAAAUCAGCAACGAUGCUCUCAGAUGGAGCCAUUUAUAGCAGCAUUGACUUCACUACCAAAACCACGUACAAUAGUUCCAGCCAAAUAACACAGGCCACCCCAUAUGCCACUACUCAGAUCCUGCAUUCCAACAGCAUCCACGAACUGGCAGUUGAUCUUCCUGAUCCACAGUGGAAAAGCUCAAUUCAGCAAAAAACAGACCUGAUGGGCUUUGGUUAUUCAUUACCUGAUCAGAACAAAGGUAACAACGGUGGGAAAGGUGGCAAAAAGAAGAAAAACAAAAAUUCUUCUAAAGCGCAGAAAAACAAUGGAUCAACUUGGGCUAAUGUCCCUCUACCUCCUCCUCCAGUCCAGCCCCUUCCUGGAACAGAACUGGGGCACUAUGCUGCAGAACAGCAAGAAAAUGGCUAUGAUAGUGACAGCUGGUGCCCACCGUUACCAGUGCAAACAUACUUGCACCAGGGUAUGGAAGAUGAACUGGAAGAAGACGAUGAUAGGGUCCCAACACCUCCUGUGCGUGGUGUGGCCUCUUCACCUGCUAUCUCCUUUGGACAGCAGUCCACUGCCACUCUUACUCCAUCCCCAAGGGAAGAGAUGCAACCCAUGCUGCAAGCUCACUUGGAUGAGUUAACAAGGGCCUAUCAGUUUGAUAUAGCAAAACAAACAUGGCACAUUCAAAGCAAUACUCCACCUCCACAGCCCCCAGUCCCACCAUUAGGUUACGUGUCUGGAGCCUUGAUUUCUGAUUUGGAAACAGAUGUUCCCGAUGAAGAUGCUGAUGAUGAAGAGGAACCAUUAGAAAUCCCCAGGCCCCUCAGAGCACUAGAACAGACACCUGGAUCCAGUAUGGACAAUCUAGACAGCUCUGUGACAGGAAAAGCCUUUUCCUCCUCUCAAAGGCCACGGCCCACCAGCCCGUUUUCUACCGACAGUAACACCAGCGCUGCCCUGAAUCAAAGCCAGCGGCCUCGGCCCACCAAAAAACACAAGGGAGGGAGGAUGGACACGCAGCCAGUGUUACCUCAUCGGAGGGAAGGGAUGCCAGAUGAUCUUCCCCCACCACCAGAUCCCCCACCAAGUCAGGGUUUAAGACAGCAGAUAGGCCUGAGCCAGCAUUCUGGUAACGUGGAAAAUUCAACAGAGAGAAAAGGAAGCUCUCUAGAGAGACAACAAGCGGCCGACUUAGAAGACACAAAGAGCUCAUUGGAUUGUCCAGCUAAAACCACCCUAGAGUGGCAGCGUCCAACCCAGGAUUGGAUAAACUCUACUGACCGCCAAGAAGAUACACGGAAAGCCCCACACAAACAAGGGGUUAGAUCAGAGGAGUCCUUGGUACCCUACAGCAAGCCCAGUUUUCCAUCUCCAGGUGGGCACAGCUCUUCGGGAACAGCCUCCUCGAAAGGGUCCACUGGCCCUCGGAAGGCUGAGGUAUUGAGAGGCAGCCACCAGCGGAAUGCCAGUGACCUUCUGGACAUUGGAUAUGGGGGCUCAAAUAGUCAAGGACAGUUUACAGGUGAAUUAUAGUAACUGAGAGGGGACAUACAAAGAUGCUCUGAGGACCAUCAGGUCUGAACUCAUGGAAGUGAUAACAUUUAACAGUGCAAUGAACAAUUUCUUUAUUUAUGUACUAUUAAAAAAAACUGUAAAUGCAAUGUAAAGACACACAGCCACACGUAUCCCACAGUUAUUUUCUUGUGUUCUCCUCUUAAUAACACCACCUACCUUAACUCUUUCUUGUCAGGAGUAUAUAAGAAAAAGAAAGAAAACAAAACUCACCCUCCAGGAAGAAAAGGAUUUCCUCUGUAUAUAAUUUCUUUUUUGCAUUGCUAUGCAAGCUCACUCUUUUCAACUCUGUUCAUAUUAUUGUCUGUUCUGAUUGGUCUGUUGUACUAUAUGUGAAUUAAUGGGCUGUGGUGCCAUAUAUUAACUUUUAAUUGUGUAACUUUUUAUGUUUAAAUUUUGCACUGCAAUUUUAUUUGGUGAUAAGCACAAAUCUCUACUCCUCAUGACAUGAAGAAAAAGAUUGAAUGUGAAGGGAGUUUUCUGUACUGUAAGUUAGGUUGGGUAAUACUGGUGUAACCAAUCCUGUGAGAUGGUUUUCAUUUGGGGGUGUAGAAUAGGAAGAUUCGAAGGAAUGAUAGUGUUGGCAAAGUCUUCUUGAAACAUCAGAUAUUGAUUGAAUUUUAAGAAGGAGAAAGAUGGCUUUUUACUGUUGAAAAAAAAGCACGGGUCAAAAGAAAGAAGUUUAAGUCUAGAUGAAUAUGGGUUAAAAUAUGUUGGUAGCAAAAAUUUACUAACUUGCUUUAAAAUUAUAAUUAAAGUUUUAUUUAGAAUCAACUUUACUGUCAUUGUAAUUGACCCAAUUAAAAAUUACAAUGAGAAAAUGAAAUUAAGGUGUUUCAAGAGAUCUGUAUUUAUAAUACAGCUUUUAAAAAAUAACAUUUUUGAAAGACCAUAAUUAACCUUUCCAAUUCAUUAAGUCAGAGUAUAACACGAAGUUCCCCAAGGAAACAAAGAAUCAGCUCUAGAAAUUUUAGCAACUAGUUAAAGAAACAACUUGUUAUUAGGGCAUACUCAAGCCAAUUUUGGAUAUCGCUCAUCUUUCUAAUACAUGUACAGUACAUACUAGAGGAUGUGGCAACAUCACUUACGUUCAUUACUCAAAAAAAUCUAAUGCAUUAUACAUACAAUUUUGUUUUUAGUUUGAUUAAGCAGUGAAAUUGAUGCCACCAAAUGUAUAGGCAAGUUGUUAAGCGCUUAACUUAAGUAACUUAAGCAGUACUAGCAGUAUGUUCAAUUAAUAGAUUUAUUGGACUGAAUAUUUUCUGGUACAUUCUUAGAAAUUGGCUACCAAUGAAAAUCUGUUUGACCCAUUUUGAAUGAGUAAAUUGGAAAGAACAGUCAAAUGGGAGAAAAUGCAUGUUUAUACACUUUUUAAAUAAAACCAAAUCUUGUAA